AUGCCAGCCCGCGCCCCUCCUCGCCGCCUGCCGCGGCUGCUCCGUUUACUGUCGCUGCAUCUGCUGCUGCUCGCCCUGUGCGCCCGCUGCCUGAGUGCUGAGCCGGGUCAGGGCGCGCAGACCUGGGCUCGCUUCGCGCGCCCUCCUGCCCCAGAGGCCGCUGGCCUCCUCCACGACACCUUCCCCGACGGUUUCCUCUGGGCGGUAGGCAGCGCCGCCUACCAGAUCGAGGGCGGCUGGCGACAGCACGGCAAAGGCGCGUCCAUCUGGGACACUUUCACCCAUCACUCUUGGGCCACCCCGGGCGACUCUCCGAUCAUCGUGGAGCCGUCGGGUGCCCCGUCGCCUCUCCUGCCCUCCACUGGAGAUGUGGCCAGCGACAGUUACAACAACGUCUACCGCGACACAGAGGGGCUGCGCGAACUGGGGGUCACCCACUACCGCUUCUCCAUAUCGUGGGCGCGGGUGUUCCCCAAUGGCACGGCGGGCACCCCCAACCGCGAGGGGUUGCGCUACUACCGGAGGCUGCUGGAGCGGCUGCGGGAGCUAGGCGUGCAGCCGGUGGUUACCCUGUACCAUUGGGACCUGCCACAGCGCCUGCAGGACACUUAUGGCGGCUGGGCCAAUCGCGCCCUGGCCGACCAUUUCAGGGAUUAUGCCGAGCUCUGCUUCCGUCACUUCGGUGACCAGGUCAAGUACUGGAUCACCAUUGACAACCCCUACGUGGUGGCCUGGCACGGGUACGCCACCGGGCGUCUGGCCCCGGGCGUGCGGGGCAGCUCCAGGCUCGGGUACCUGGUUGCUCACAACCUACUUUUGGCUCAUGCCAAAAUCUGGCAUCUCUACAAUACUUCUUUCCGCCCCACUCAGAGAGGCCUGGUGUCUAUUGCUUUAAGCUCCCAUUGGAUCAAUCCUCGAAGAAUGACUGACCAUAACAUCAGAGAAUGCCAGAAGUCUCUUGACUUUGUGCUAGGCUGGUUUGCCAAACCCAUAUUUAUCGAUGGUGACUACCCAGAGAGUAUGAAGAACAACCUCUCAUCUCUUCUGCCCGACUUUACUGAAUCUGAGAAGAGGUUCAUCAGAGGAACUGCUGACUUUUUUGCUCUUUCCUUUGGACCAACCUUGAGCUUUCAACUAUUGGACCCUAACAUGAAGUUCCGCCAAUUGGAGUCUCCCAGCCUGAGGCAGCUUCUGUCUUGGAUAGAUCUGGAAUAUAACCACCCUCAAAUAUUUAUUGUGGAAAAUGGCUGGUUUGUCUCAGGGACCACCAAAAAAGAUGAUGCCAAAUACAUGUAUUACCUCAAGAAGUUCAUAAUGGAAACCUUAAAAGCCAUCAAACUGGAUGGGGUCGAUGUUAUUGGGUAUACUGCGUGGUCCCUCAUGGAUGGCUUUGAGUGGCACAGGGGCUACAGCAUCCGGCGAGGACUCUUCUAUGUCGACUUUCUGAGUCAGGAGAAGGAGUUGUUGCCUAAGUCUUCGGCCUUAUUCUACCAAAAGCUGAUAGAGAAUAACGGCUUCCCUCCAUUACCUGAAAACCAGCCCCUUGAAGGGACAUUUCCCUGUGACUUUGCUUGGGGAGUUGUUGACAACUACAUUCAAGUGGACACCACUCUGUCUCAGUUUACUGACCCGAAUGUCUAUCUGUGGGAUGUGCAUCACAGUAAGAGGCUUAUUAAAGUAGACGGGGUUGUAGCCAAGAAGAGAAAACCUUACUGUGUUGAUUUCUCUGCCAUCCGGCCUCAGAUAGCCUUACUUCGCGAAAUGCGGGUCACCCACUUUCGCUUCUCCCUGGACUGGGCCCUGAUCUUGCCUCUGGGUAACCAGACACAAGUGAACCACACGGUGCUGCACUUCUACCGCUGCAUGGUCAGCGAGCUGAUGCAUGCCAACAUCACUCCAGUGGUGGCCCUGUGGCAACCAGCAGCCCCGCACCAAGGCUUGCCACAUGCCCUUGCAAAACACGGAGCCUGGGAGAACCCGCACACUGCCCUGGCGUUUGCAGACUAUGCAAACUUGUGCUUUAAAGAGCUGGGCCACUGGGUCAAGUUCUGGAUCACCAUGAACGAGCCAAACACGAGGAACAUGACCUACCGUGCCGGGCACCACCUUCUGAAAGCUCAUGCCUUGGCUUGGCACCUGUACGAUAACAAGUUUAGGGCCGUGCAGAAAGGCAAAAUAUCCAUCGCCUUGCAGGCUGACUGGAUCGAACCAGCCUGCCCUUUCUCACAAAAGGACAAAGAAGUGGCCGAGAGAGUUUUGGAAUUUGAUAUAGGCUGGUUGGCGGAGCCUAUUUUCGGCUCCGGAGAUUAUCCACGAGUCAUGAGAGACUGGCUGAACCAAAAAAACAAUUUUCUUUUGCCCUAUUUCACCGAUGAAGAAAAAAAGCUAAUCCGGGGUUCCUUUGACUUCCUGGCGGUGAGCCAUUACACCACCAUCCUGGUAGACUGGGAGAAGGAAGAUCCGAUGAAAUACAACGAUUACCUGGAGGUGCAGGAGAUGACUGACAUCACAUGGCUCAACUCUCCCAGUCAGGUGGCAGUGGUGCCUUGGGGGCUGCGCAAAGCACUCAACUGGCUAAGGUUCAAGUACGGAGACCUCCCGAUGUAUGUGACAGCCAAUGGCAUCGAUGACGAUCCCCACGCCGAGCAAGACUCAUUGAGGAUGUAUUAUAUUAAGAAUUAUGUGAAUGAGGCUCUGAAAGCCUAUGUGUUGGACACCAUCAACCUUUGUGGCUACUUUGCGUAUUCGCUUAGCGAUCGCUCGGCUCCCAAGUCUGGCUUUUAUCGCUUUGCUGCGAGUCGGUUCGAGCCCAAACCGUCUAUGAAACAUUACAGGAAAAUUAUUGACAACAAUGGCUUCCUGGGUUCUGGAACACUGGGAAGGUUUUGCCCAGAAGAAUACACCGAGUGCACCGAAUGUGGCUUUUUUCAAACACGGAAGUCUUUGCUGGUCUUCAUCUCGUUUCUUGUUUUUGCUUUUAUUAUUUCUCUCGCUCUUAUUUUUCAUUACUCCAAGAAAGGCAAGAGAAGUUAUAAGUAGAGUGAACGUCUGCCGGGCCACUCGCUUUGGGAUCAAGAUGCACACGCCAUCAGCCAUCUGCUGUUUGGACCUCUCCGUGUUGUGAAGCCGCAUUGUACACACAUUUGGAUUCUAGAAAACCUUUUUUGUCAUGGAUGGUAGAGGUUUUAAACAGGUAUUGGUGAUUAUAAAAUAUUUCAUGGUGGACUGUAUCUGAUUCUGCUCUCUUUUUGUGGCAAUUACGGGACUCUACUCACCACAGUUUCUACUAUACCCAGUGUGGAAGACAUGGAAUACCGUAGUGAUAACAACGACAGACAGACAGGAGUUUGAAGAACAACUUUCGGAACUUGUUUAUCCGUGUCCAUUUUUAAAUUCACAUGUUUUUGGAAGUCACACUCUCUCAAUUGCCAUCUUCACACAUGAACUUGACCUGAUCCAGUUUUACAAGGCGAUGUAGAGAAAUAUCUAGUAGAGACAGACGGCCAGGAGCCCCAAGGCCAGAACAGCCCGUUAAAAAACACCAUUCCUACCAAAUGCUGCUAAUAUCAAUUUACAAAUGCACUUAAAAAGCACAUUAUGGACAUUUAUAUUCCUGUGAAUGUUUCUGAGGUGUGCCCUAAACCCCAGAUCCUAGAGGGCUUUCUCUUACCAACUUUCUUUUUCAGAGCCCUCACAUUGGAGAAUCCUUUGAUGAAUGUUUGCAAAAAAUAAAGAUGAGUCCUGAGCUGCUCACCUCUUUGGAUUCGGAAACUGCACUGCAAUGCACUGCAGCAGUUUGAGGGAAGAAGGGAUUUUUUUUUUUAAUGAGCAACCUGAGUGAUUUGAUUGAACAUCUUUUUAUCUUUGAACAGACCUCAGAAUGAAUGCGAUGACCUUUCUCACAGGAAGAAAGAUGAGCUCUCACUCAAACUAAAGAAUGUCUCUGUGGCUUCUUCAGAAUAUGCUGUCAAUGCUUGGAUGCAGUGAUGUUCAAAUUUCUUAGUAGAUCUGACAGCUACCCAGUGUGAGCACACUGGGAACAUGUCUUUGUGACCAGUGAGACCUACUAUGUGCUUCUGUAGGUUCUGUACUUCUUUGAAGUAGCCUCUCUUUGAGCUUUUACACCAAUCAUGCUACUGACUUCUGUAGAAAGGGCUAAUUAGGUCUUCUCCUUCCACACCCAGUACCCUAAGUCUUACUGACUCUCACCGGGAAAGUCUCUGUGCUACACCUGAGUGGUCUUAUAGAUAAGCCGAUACCAGAUCAGGCAAGAUAAAUCAGUCAUAGCAGGCAUAGUUAAGUUACCCUUGCUGACACAGGGUCACACUGCACAUCUCAUCACCUUGUUAUUCUUCAUCUUGCCAUGUGCUAUGGUUUUCCUCAUGAAUGACCAGCUUUUGCUGUGGUAUUCUUUAUACAUCUGGAUUUAUUAUUGAAAUCAAAAGCUAUAGAAUCAAUAGUUUAUUUUGUGUCUAUUUUUCUUGAUUGCAGAGUAAUAUAUAUUAAUUGUAAAAAUUUAAGAAAUAAAAACUAUAUGAAAGAAAAAAUUAUCUAUAAUAUAAUACAGAGAUGCCACUGACAGUUCCUAUGUGUUGUAUUUUGCGUAGUCAGAUCGUGUUUUACGUAGGCAUACCUCUUCUUUAGUCAUUCUUGUUGAAGUAAUUUUUUUGUGAUUAGUCUUCAAGAGCAAAAUUUUAAUAGUUAUGGAGAAUAUUGUUGGAACAGCUCAAAACUGUUUUAUUUGUUGGGCCAAUUUCCCAUUAAUUAGUUCAAUAAUAAAUAUCAUUCGGAAAUAA